AUGUCGCUUUUAACACCUACUGAGGCUCAUGCCUUUCAGAAAUUCCUUUCAUCACUUGACACUACCGACUUUUCAGCGGGAUGGAACAUGCAACUAGAAGUCUCGCAUGAACAUAUGCCUCCAGCACACGGGAAAGAGGCGUUGGCUCAAGCAACCAAGGACCUCAUGUCGUUGGAUACGGACAAAUGGCGGUAUCCACUCGCUCGCUCUCCUUCAUCUCGUGAGUCCCCGUCGGAACCGCCGGUCAACCGGUACUCUCAGUCGCAGUCAAACUCCCUGUCAUUCCUCUACUCUACCCGUCGAGAGCGACGCGUAGAGGGUAAUGACGCCUCUACAGGGCAUUCCCAGCCACCCUCCCGCAGUCGCACACACCUACUACCUCUCCAACGAACCGUGGAUCCGUCAUCAGUCUCCACCAGAACUAGAGCAAGAACGUUCGCGUUCGAGAAUAUAUCAUCUUCGUCAUCAAGCCAGUCUCCUAUUGAUCCAUCUUCCUCACUUUCAUCCUUCUCUACGCACCAUACCAGUCCUGCACCGCUCUCAUCGAAUAAACGAUCCACACCACCGGACCAUAAUGUCUCGAAUAAACGGAGGCGACAGUCGUCAGUCACAUCGCAAUCAUUCGUGAGUGACGCCGGUAGAUCGUCAACGCUUCUAUCACCCUCUCAGAAAAAAGCAAAUCAUAUACAAUCGGAGCAGAAGCGAAGAGCUAAUAUAAGAAAGGGUUACGAGGCUUUAUGCGACAUCGUUCCAUCUUUACGAGAAGCCAUGUUGGCUGAGGCAAUGGAAGAAGAAGAGGCGAUCGCGAAUGGGAAGAAAGCUGGCAGACGACGGUGUAAGGGGAAGGCAGCAAAUGACGACGGUGAGAAGGUCGAUGGCAGAGCUGGUCCAAAAAGCGAACAUGUCGUGCUAUCAAAGACUAUCGAUUACGUUACGGAACUUUUGGCGGAGCAUGAUGUCUUCAAGCAGCGCCUAAUGGUGGCGAGAAGCGCCCUCCCCCUUGAUCAUCCAUUAUUACAGCGUCACCCCGACGCUCCACCUCCGCUAUGGGAACGGAAAUGGACUGGUGGUGAAGCAAAGGAUGCUGACGAGGAGGAGGACGAUGAAGAAUCGUAG